CUGAACACAGAAGAUGGAUGGGGAGAAGCCCAUGUCAGGUCCGGCGAGAUCCAUUGUGAUUAACAUGCCUGGUGAGAACUUGACACGUGACUAUGUCAUCUGGUCCCUGUUCAACGCAAUUUUCAUCAACCCGUGCUGCCUGGGCAUUGCAGCUUAUGCCUACUCUGUGAUGUCUAGGGACAGGAAGAUGGUGGGCGAUGUGAUUGGGGCCCAGAGCUACGCCUCCACCGCCAAGUGCCUGAACGUCAGCGCCCUGGUCUUAAGCAUCAUCCUGAGCAUUGUCUUCAUCAUUUUAUAUGCCACAGUCUUCACAGCACUCAACCAAAGAGUCUACUAGAUGAAAAAGGAUUCUCAGGGCCACUAGUCCUGUGGUUUCUGUCCCUCCACAGCUGCCCUGGCCCUGGGCUGGGCCCUGCCCUGCACCCCACACCCUGACCAGCUGUCUGUAAUUGAGAUCAAUAAAGUGUGCAUGUUCCUAC